AUGGAUAAUUCCGUGUUUGAAACAGCUGGAAACCCCGCGUAUUAUCCCACUCAGUUUCGUGAAAUAACUGGAAACACAGUCAGUUCAAACAGAUACAGAGUCUUCCGAGGUAAUGACGAAAUUGGGAAAUAUUUUGAUGGUUUCCGCAUAUACUCCAAAGACGAAAGUCCUCCAGCAAUACCGUUAGGUGAUGUGAUUGAAAGUCUCAUAGAAUUAAAUACCUUCCAUUAA